CUUCACCCUCCUGCACCAGCCACUAACAGGAUGCACGGAGGCCUCGGCCAUGUCACUGUCACCGUGUUUACCACAUGCUGCUGCUUCAUGGGGCCACCCCUUUACCCCUCAAGAAAGGGGUUUCCUGAAGCUGCAAGCCACCGCGUUAGAUAAGUGUGGACAGAACAUCAAGAGCUACAGCUUCUAAACCUAAACAUGUCUGGAACCAUGAGGAGAAGACAUCUACCUGUCACCUUGUGCACGUUCUUCAUCUUGCUCUGCUCUGCUGUAAAAUACAAAGUUACAGAAGAAGACCUCAUCCUCUUAUCUGGAGACCAUGACGUCCCUCAUUGUUUCUCCAGAAACCUGGAAUCUGUCACCUGUUACUGGGCGGCUGAGGAGCUGCUGACAGAUGCUGAGGAGCUGCUGACAGAUGCUGAUGCAGGAAGGGAAGAUGCUCCCUAUAGAUUUCAUUACAGCUAUGAUAAACUUGUUUUCAUUCCCCACAGGGAAUCGGAGAAGGACUGUGAGCUCUCGGUACAGACGGGUCCUGGUCGUCGCACCCUCUACGUCUGCGAGGAGGACGAGGUCGUCCUGUUCAAUGACCUUAAUGUUUGUGUGAAGGACAAGAUGACAAACCAGACCCUGCGCAGCCGCACAUUCGAAUUAGAGCUUUUUGCGAUAUUACCGCCUCCGCAGGACAUAAAGGUCGUGUGGGAAGAAAGUACUGAACGGUUCCGAGUCACCUGGAAACCUCCGGAUAUGGAUAUGAAUUUCAUGUUCAAAUACGAGGUCCAGUUCUGGUCGACUGAGGAGCAGCACGAGUCUGUAAUAGCGGAGGAGAUGAAGGAGGUUCUGCUCCCGCACCUCAGGCCCAUUCAGCUCUACCACCUCCGGGUCCGCACAUCAUGGAAGGCGGAGAAGCCAUCGCUAUGGGGUUCCUGGUCCGAGGCUGUCACCUUCAAUAGUCUGGAGUUUGCAGAAAACAUCGGGCUCCACUGCUUCACCUCUGACCUCUCUCAGGUCUGCUGCAAGUGGGAUGAAAAGAUGGACGCCGCUUUCCUCCAGGUGCACUAUAGAUAUGGACAAGAGAGCACCUCCACGUGGCAGCCGUGCGAGGACUCUGCACAUCUGAAGGACUGUCACUGUGUGUUCCCAUCAAGAAACGACAGGUCCAUGUCUGUGACACUGAAAGUAACGUUUGUGGAUGGGAAGGAAGACUUAUAUUAUCAUAAGCCCUUCUGGAUCAACCAUGUAGUGCUCCCACCAGCCCCAGAGCUGCACCUCCACCGACUGCCUGGGAACAAGCUGGCUCUUAACUGGACAAGUCCAAUUCCAGUUCUCGGAAAACACCUGAUCUAUCAGAUCCGCUUUUCAAUUGACAAUGAGAAGUCCUGGACGACUCUGCAGGUCCCGUCUGGAGUUAACAGCAAGCUGAUGUCCAUGGUCUCUGACACAAGCUAUACCCUGCAAAUCAGAGCAAGUCCCAACCAAGAGGAAAUCCAAGGAUCCUGGAGCCAGUGGUCUGCAAGAGUCUCCACCAAAUCUCCUUCCAGUAUUGCCUGGGUGACUCCAGUGAUCAUCAUUUCCAUUCUCAUUUUCCUGGCUGCUGUACUUUGCCUGCCUUGUGUCUUCCCCUCACUUUAUAGGAAGCUGAAAGACAAGUUGUGGCCUCCUUUACCGAAUCUUCACCGAGUGCUGGACACAUUCCUGGCUGAGAUCCAGAAACAGUAUCAGCCUGAAUCUACUCCGUAUGAGAAGCCUCUCGAGGAAGCCGCGCAGCCGUCACGUUUGGAGAUCCUCUGUGAACUGACGCUAACCAGUGAAGGUCCGCAGGUAUCCCGGGACUAUGUUCAGCUGGCUCCACUGAGCUACCAGAAUGAGGAAUACUGGCCAAACCUGGAGCCUCUGGAGGUGAAUCCAGACCUCAGCGCCCAUAGUCAGCCUCCCAGUGGCCUCACCAAUAAGACGUACCUGCCCACUGUCUGGAGCGCGCUGUGAUGAUGACAAAGGCACAUUGACAUGAACACUGUAUAGGAAUGAAGAUAUCAGUCCUGAAAACAUUGGAUAUGACUUUAGCGAUUACUAUGGAUCCAUUCUAAUUGGGGCAAAUCUUUAAAAAUUGGCACCGUUUUUUGGAGGAGACGUGGAACAGAGCAGUAAUCUCCAACCUGUGACUGAAACUGCAACUCCUAGUGUCCGCUGACAGCUAUAGGUUAUCAAGGCAUGCUGGGAGUUGUAGUUUUGCAACCACUAAAGAGCCACAGGUUGAAGACAGCAGAUGAUAUAGCCCUAGCCACCAUUUUUCUUUUAUUCUUCCUUUUACUUUUUCAUUUGCUCUCCUCAUUAGUCCUCAGUUUCGGAUUAGUUGUUUGUUUUUUGUUUUUACUUUCGGCUCUUAUAAAGUGAUUACAAUAUUUUCUUAACAACAUUAAAGCUGUGUCCUUUUCACUGAUCUAAAACUACUGAUGGAAGGAUCUUCCCCAUUAUGCGGACCUCCUUAUAGGAUAUCAUGGGGGAUUGCUUCUAUAGACAGGGAAGGACUUAUUUUUUUCUAGUGGAUCCCACAAAUGACGAAGCUGGGGUGGCGUCACAUGAAAAAAAUGAGCAAUGGAUGGGAUUCUCACGUGAUCCUUCUACAGGCUCCCAUGUCUGCCAUGAUAGUUACUGCAGGGCGGGAAGUCUGCAGAAUGUAACAGUGUAACAUAUUGUAUAUAGAACUGUUAUGAUGUAUCAUUUGUUGCAAUGAAGUUCAGACUCCCUAUAAGUAACACUUCAUCUAAUCUGAUAAUGUAAUAAACAUUAUUAUUUAUAUUUUGUUCUUCUUUUCUAUUUGCAUUGACCCUAUGACGGAUCUCAAUACCGGAAAAUAUUAACACUAGUGUGAAAGUAGCCUGAGUCAGGUGACUAAAACGUCCUUGUGCACCUACCUUAUCCAACACUAAUACUACAAAUGACCAGUAGACGGCAGCACAACCUCAGUAUUGCUUCCAGUACACACACCUACAUGGAUAUCGCAGUGC